GGUUGUACAAAACUUUAAAUCUUCAAAAUCAUGCUCUGCAUGUUUCAUCAAGUGUUUUCCGAACGCUCUAUUAGACCAACCUUUUCCCGCUCCUGUUUACAAAAUAUCAUUGCAACUUCCCCUUACGCCAAGUACAUAUUCCGUAACCUCAACACAGCCUGGCCAUCAUCAACUAGGCAUAAAAUAAGAUGGACUCAGCAAAUAGUGUAGUUCCAUUUGCCCAGCAUCAUAACCAUGGCAGUUCUGCAGACCACACCAGCUACGCUGAUCAUGAUGGGCAUGCUGGCAACUGCAAAACUGAAAUGCUCUGGAACUGGAACACAAUUGACUCUUGCUUCCUGACCUCCUCCUGGCGUAUUACGUCGACUGCCAUGUUUGCAGGAUCAUGCAUCGGCGUAUUCCUGCUUGCAAUUAUCGCCGUACUGCUACGCCGCCUGACGACCGAGUACGAUGCCUUCCUCGUUCGCAGGACGACUGCUACCAAUGAUGAGAAGGAUGGCGCCGUCGCGGCAGCUUCUGCUAUGCGACCGACCGUAAUGCAGCAACUCGUCCGAUCGGUCAUCUUUGCUGCGCACGGUUUCUUGAGUUAUGUUUUGAUGCUGUAAGUUUUAUUGUGUGACCAUCGUGGGUCCGCGUCUAAUACCUUCCUGGAAUAGUUAUGCUAAACGCGGACAGGCUCGCCAUGUAUCUCAACGGCUACAUCAUCAUUUCGCUUAUCGCUGGCUUCUUUGUCGGCUUCUUUGCAUGCGAAUGGCGAAGCGUUGGACAUCCGACAACGGCCAAGGCGCAGUACUUGUCUGGAAAAUGCUAGGCCUCAGUGUUUCAGAUGUCAGUUCCUGGUUCCCUUAUGGCAGAUUUGACGCAGUCGGUGAAGGUCUGUCUGUAUAUCACGCAAGGACAAUAUGGAGAUUGGUACAAUCCAGUUCGAAGGCCAACCCAAAUUGAGUUUAUGCACCUGGAGGAUAUAAAUCAAGAUCUAUGCCUAAUGCCGCCUCUUUGUGAGCAUCGUUCUUCGUCGCUUUCUUCUAUUGUCGUCCUACUCAGAUUGUAUGGAAUACUAAUCAACAAUUGU